UUUUUUUAUAUGUCGCGAGUGUGUGUGUGUGGUGUUGAUUGGCGUUGUUGGUUGUUCAUUUUUUCACUUUUCAGUUGCAUUUCUAAUUUUUUGGACGCUUAAUUUCUAUCGCAAAUGACGCGCCUUGUUAACAUUUAUUUAAACAAAUAAUAAUUCAAUUAAUAUUGAUAUCUGCUUCCUGUCUGACGAGAAAAAAAAGGGAAAACAUUUUACAGAAAUAAAAAGUUGUUUAUGUUGUCAGUGGUGAAUCAAAGGAUAUACUUAUUGAAAUAAUAUGCCUUAUACAAAUGUUGAUAACGUCUCAGCAGAGUCACAAAAUGGUGCAAGUGAUAGCAACAUGUGUCUUGAGCUAGCCCUAGAAGGUGAACGUCUGUGUAAAGCUGGUGAUUGUCGUUCGGGUGUUGCCUUUUUUCAGGCAGCAAUACAAGCUGGUACAGAUGAUUUACGUACACUAAGUGCAAUUUAUAGUCAACUUGGUAAUGCAUAUUUUUAUCUUGGUGAUUAUGUCAAAGCAAUGCAAUAUCACAAGCAUGAUUUGACACUUGCCAGAACAAUGGGUGAUAAAUUAGGUGAAGCUAAAUCAAGUGGUAAUCUUGGUAAUACAUUAAAAGUCAUGGGUAAAUUUGAUGAAGCCAUGAUUUGUUGUAAACGUCAUUUAGAAAUAUCACGUGAAAUUGGUGAUAAAUUAAGUGAAGGUAGAGCAUUGUAUAAUUUGGGUAAUGUUUAUCAUGCUAAAGGUAAACAAGGUGGACGUGGUCCACAUGAUCCUGGUAAAUUUACUGAUGAUAUUAAACAAUGUUUACAACAAGCUGUUGGUUAUUAUGAAGAAAAUCUUGAAUUAAUGAGAGAAUUAAGUGAUUCAGCAGCACAAGGUAGAGCAUGUGGUAAUCUUGGUAAUACAUUUUAUUUACUUGGUGAUUUUAAACAAGCUAUAUUUUAUCAUAAUGAAAGAUUAAAAAUAGCACGUGAAUUUGGUGAUAAAGCUGCUGAACGUCGUGCAAAUAGUAAUCUUGGUAAUUCACAUAUAUUUUUGGGUGAAUUUGAAAAAGCAGCACAACAUUAUAAACGUACACUUGUAUUAGCACAAGAAUUAAAUGAUCGUGCUGUUGAAGCACAAGCAUGUUAUUCACUUGGUAAUACAUAUACAUUAUUACGUGAUUAUCCAUCAGCAAUUGAAUAUCAUUUACGUCAUCUUGAUAUUGCACAACAGCUAAUUGAUCGUGUUGGUGAAGGACGUGCAUGUUGGUCAUUAGGAAAUGCAUAUUCAGCAAUGGGUAAUCAUGAAAAAGCUCUUAAUUAUGCAACAUUACAUUUAAAUAUAUCAAAAGAACUUUGUGAUCCAAUGGGACAAGCAACAGCACAAAUUAAUGUUGUUGAUUUACAAAAAAUACUUGGAAUGGAAAAUAAUGAAAAAGAAAAUGAUAAAUUUAUUAGCAAUAAUAAUAAUAAUACAAAUAAUUUAACAGCACCAUCAUCAAUUAAUGCAAUAACAUCACCAGGAAGAUAUAGACUAAGAAGACAAAGCAUGGAUAAUUUGGAUUUAAUUAAACUAACUCCUGAUGGUAAACAAAAAGAUAAUAAUGAUCAACCACCACCAGCAAGAGCUGGUAUUGCACCACAGCCAUCACAAGAAGAAGAAGAAGAAGACUUUUUUGAAUUAUUAUCAAAAUGUCAAUCUGGCAGAAUGGAUGAUCAAAGAUGUGUAUUAAAUACAAAUAAAAAACCAAGAAUUAAAAUUUUAACAAAUGAAAAAGAAAAAGAUAGUGAUGAUUUAAUUGAACUUAUUGCUGGAAUGCAAAGUAAAAGAAUGGAUGAACAAAGAGUUACAUUACCAUAUUUACCUGGAUUAAAUACAAAUUCUCAUACACAAGCAGCAAUGAAAACACCAGUACGUAAUAAUAAUGAUGCUGAUGAUUUAUUUAUUGAUAUGUUAUUGAGAUGUCAAAGUUCAAGAUUAGAAGAUCAAAGAAGUCCAUUACCAAUAGCAUCAACAAUACGUGAUGCUGAAGAUGAACAAGACCAAAUAUCAAUUGUUAAUAAUAAUAAUAAUACUCAAUCUGGUACAACUGUACCAGAAGAAGAUCUUUUCUCUUUGAUACAGAGGCUACAAGCUGGACGUAUGGAAGACCAACGUGCUUCUGGACCAAGCAAAAAUUAUUAGACCAAAUAUUCAUCAUCAUCAUCUUUUUUAUUUUGCAUUAUUUAAUAAUUAUUUUAUUGAAUUUGUUUUUCUCUUUUAAUUCAACAGUGCCAAUUUAAUGUCUCAAUUAGUCUUUCAAAUUAAUUUAGACUGAUUUUUUAUUUACACUGUGUUGGUUAUUAUUUUUUAAAUACAAAACAGCAAGUUGUAUAUAUGUAUUUUAUUUUUUUUACUCUUGCAUUUAGUUUUUUUUAAUUGCAUUUCAAUAAUUUUUAACAAAUCAAAAUUAAAAUUGGUGCUUUAAAAAUUAUCUACGACCUAAAAAAAAUUCUUAUUCCAUCCAUUUAGCUCAGAUCAAGGUAUUUUCAAUGGCACUGAUUUAUUAAUAUUGCCAAAUAAUAAUAAAAAAAAAAAACAUUAAUAAUAUUAAUCAAUUAGUAUUAAUAUGACUGGAUAAUUAUCAAUGAUAUUUUUACUUGAUUUAAUAUUUUCUUCGCUCAUUAAUGUGAAUGAUAUAUUGUAUAAAUCAUGAUUAUUAAUUACCAUGAAUUAUUAACAAAUAAAAAAUAAAUUAUUUACAAUAAUUAUUAUUAAUAGUUUAUUGUUUAUGACUUUGUAAAAUUAACUGAAAAUAAUAUCGAUUACUUUUUGGUAAUUUUUAUUAUUGAUUUUCUUUUUUUUAUUUUGGUUUUAGUAAAAUGAUAUAUAGAUUAUAUUAAUAUGUAUCUUUUUAUAAACUAAAUUAUAUUUUUUAGUAUAUUUUACAAACUAAAAAUUAAAAAUAAAUUUACUUUUUUUUUUUUUGAGUAGUUAUUAUAGCUGAUUUAUGUAUCUUUCUAAAUAUCAUUUUUUGAAAUUAAUUUUAAAGUUCAAAAAUUGAAUAACAAUAAAUUGAAUGAAUAAAAAAAAAUUUAAUUUUUUACAAUUAUUGACGCUUUUUUAAACAAUACCCUCUAUAUUUUUUUUUUUUUUUUUACAUAUUUUUGUCAUUCCUUUACGAGUUGAAGAAAGAAAUAAACUUUUUUUAUUUUCGAAAUUGAUUAAUUUAAUUGUCGAAAUUUCAUGAUGGUAUUUUUUUGAAGUCGAAAUGAAUUUAAUUAUUUUUCAAUAAUAUUAUUUAAUUUUAUUUAUUUUUGAAUAAUUUUAUUAUUGUUUUUUUUUAUUAGAAUUUAUAUUUUUUCACAAGGUCGUUUUUAUUUAUACAAAUGUUUAUUUAAUUCUUAAAAUAAAUAUAUUGUAUUAUGUCUAGGAAAAAAAAUUGCAAUUUAAUUUUGACAUAUAAAAUAUGUCGUUUCGUAAAAAAUUUCGAUAGUUAUUUAAAUUAAACAUUUCGAUUCGAAAAAAAAAUUCGAAAUGUUUUAUUAAAAAAAAGUUUAAAGUUAACCUGACGAUCUAACAAUUUAUAAAUAUUUUUUACAUAAUAUUAUUGUUUGUUAUUUCGAUUUUUCUCUGCCAAGAAAAUUUUCGUUCUUAAAAAAAUAUAUAUCCCAAAUUAUAAAAUUUACAAAAGACU